GGGCGGGGACUCUGUUCGCCCCGCCCCGGCCCCGCCCCACCGGGGUCCUCACGGCCGACGACUUGAGGCGGCGGCGGCGGCAUGGAGGAGGACCCGGAGCUGGAGAGGAAGGCUGUGGAAGAGCUACUUAAAGAGGCAAAACGUGGGAGAACCAGGGCUGAAACAAUGGGAGCUAUGGGUUGGUUGAAAUGUCCUCUUGCUGGUACAAAUAAAAGAUUUCUUAUUAAUACCAUCAAAAACACGUUACCGUCUCAAAAAGAACAAGACCAAGAACGUGACCAAAAGGAAGAUGGUAAGGAGGCUGAGCCAAACAACAGCAGGAAAGAAGAAAAACCAAAGAAACGCAGAAUUCACCCAUAUACACCCAGCUUUCAGUCCCGUAGGAGAGUCAGCUACUCUCCUCCAAGGCACCGAAACAGGAACCAGCCAACAAAGGAUAAACAUCAAAAGCUAUCAAGCAAGCGAUGAGAGGAGAGUGACAAGUAUGUGUUGUUACAAGCUGAGAAUGUCAUUAAGAGUUGGACUGCAGGGAUCUCUCAGUUUUUCAGGAAAAGAUGCUGUUCAAAAUUGAAUUUUGAACUGAAUUCUUGUGUGAGAAGUAACCUUGAGGUAGCUUUAGAAAAUCUUUUUGGGGGACCUUUAAGAGAAAAGUGAAGUGCAGAAUCGAUCUAUCAGUUGCUUUAGAACAGACAUUCCUUUCCUUUUGCUCCAUUCCUCUCUCCCCUUCUGACUAAGCUUAGCAUAUUGGUGAUGGAGCGUGAUACCCGUGUCACUGUCCCAUACAACUCGUUUAGUCGUGUCACUCCUUUGGAAAGAUAUUUAAAUUAAGCAGAAUUCUAUUUAUUGUGUACAGUUGGCAGAACUUCUUUGCUGCUGACCAAUAAAGAAGUUUUGUGUGUUUGGGUUAGUUUGGUUCUACAGAAUCUACAAGAAGGGAGAAGCUGGUCAGUACCUGGCCAAGUGCAUACAUUCUGUAUAGAAUAUGAGAGUUCACUUUCUUUAGUAUAAAAAGAAAAAUGGACAAUGCUGGUUUUGCUUUCCAGGAGGUACUACCUGGAAAUAGUGAUUUUGCUUGUUAUUGUGUAUUGACAAACCCAUCAUAGAUGAUAAUAAACAUUACCCCUAAAAAGCCAUAACUGCAAUAAUUGUUUCUGUUUGGACUUCCCUUUGUAAGGAAGUAGUUUGAACAGUCUGUUGUCAUGGUGCUUUCAAAAUAAACCUUGAAGACAAAAUUGUCAUGUUCUCUGUCCACUGCUAUGAAGUUAACAUGUAAUUCUAGAAAUGCAGAGGUGUUACUUAAAAACAGUCAAAUGCUCACUUUCGAAGCCUAUGUGACAAUUCUGUAGUGGUACAGUUCUUAAACUUGUGACUUGGAGCACGUAUAAUGCACAUCGGCAUAUUCUACAUCUCACUUCUGUUAGUGUUACAAUAACAAACUUCUGUGUGAAAUGUUUUGUAUUUCACUAUUCUCAAAAAUAAUUGUUUUGACCAUAGAUUUCUGGUUUUAAGUGUGUCGACAAUAAAAUCGAAGAUGUUCACUUGA